AUGUCUGAUUCGGCGCGGUUGGAUUGGCUGGUGGAAUUUAAAAUUAUCAGACUCCUUGAAACUCAGAGCGGUGUCCUGAAGAUAAUGGCCUGGUUGUUCUCCCAAUUUGUUCUUGCAGUGAAGCAAAAACACAAUGAGGGUUUGGAAGUGCCGCUCUCCGUUCCCACCGUUUUGACCACUGGACGGUUGCAUCCCGCAGACUCAGCCAAAUAUUGCCCUGAAUGGAGACACGGGAGACGGGGAAGCUGA